AUGCAAAACGCCAACACCCCUUGCUCCCUCGAGCACACCAUCGACGCGCCUGCAAUCGAGAUCCCAGAGACUCUGCCCCCCGAGGAAGAGGAUGCUGUGACCCACGGCACCCGAGACGUCAGACCUGCGUCAUCCAACGGUUUGAGCAUCAAGGAUGAGAUAUUGCACCUCGCUGACCACGGACUGUAUGGGAUCCCGGUGCACAUCAAGAUCGAUUCUCGUGGCAAGAAGCGGAGCCGGUUUCCUUCCACCUACGCGCACAUAGUCACCGUGGACGAUUGGCAGGAACACAUCGGUACAGUGCUCGAUGCAUUUGAAAACCCCAAUGGAGUGGCUAUACUGACCGGCACGAGUGGCCUAUUCGUCAUCGAUAUUGACGUGGCGGAUACCAGCGAUAAGAAGUCGGGAAUGGACUUCUGGCACGGGCAAAUCAUUGAGCAUGGAGAGCCGGAGACACUCUCCGUUCGCACGGGCUCUGGAGGCCUCCAUUACUACUUUCGGCUCGACAAAACCACCGGCUUGCACGAAACUACCAAUUUUGCUGGACUCACGCUCGAUGGGCAAAAGUUCGGCGUCGACGGCCGCGGCAUGGGAGGGGUAAUCUUUGCACCGCCGAGCAGGUACGGGGAAGGCAAGGAUACACGCCGCGAGUACACGUGGGUGGCCGGAGGCGAUGGUAAGAUCAAUGGUAUGCCCCCGGGGCUCGUGACCUUAAUAAACCGAGGGCGCGCCUCGGAAGGGGUUUUGAGAAAUGCAAAAAGCCGAGUGCCUCACCAUAAGGAAGUCCAUUCUGAGGAGGUCACGCCAGAGGCCGUCGACAACGCAGAGGCUGGCGGCCCCGCGGCCAAGGCGGCUCCGGGCUUGGCGCACGUGGAAGUCAAGCAAUUGGUGAGGGAGAAGGCGAAGGAUUGCUGUUCCUUCUAUACCGGCUCGACCAUCCUACCGGACGGCAACAGAUCGUUUCAGUUUAGGGUCAAUGGGCCGCGCCAGUGCUACCUUGGGAAAACGCACAGAGGGUCCAACAAUUUCACGGUGAUUCAAGGGUGCACCGGUGACUUCCAGGAGCUUUCUUACAAUUGCUUUGGGUCUGGUUGCUGUGGCAGCAAGCCGAAGCUACUGGGGCGUCUCACGAUAGCCGGUGCUCUCGAGCAAGCUGGGGGUGGUGCUUUUGGGCCCAAGGAUCAGCAGCCGUCGAGCCUCACUAAGCUGGCCGCUAGGUUCUCCGAACCGUUCAUGUUGUCAAACGUAAGUAAGAGCGAUUUCGGGAGUGCUCUGAUAUUCAGCAAACUAUUCGAGCAUGACAGGCGGGUCGUGUAUGACUCAGGGAGAUUUUGGACGUGGGAUGCAACGAGUUGGGUGCCCUCCGAUAUGGAGGCAACUCUGCUGAAGACCUCGUUCAUGUACCACAUGGGACGGGUCAAAUCCUUUUGGUGCGAUCGCCUAGAACGAGAUGCUGCAGAAAGGGUUCAGCCGUUGACUACUCGCAGAGACAAUGCUGUGAAUGAACUACAAUCUAGGGCCCCGCAGAGUGCGGACAAUAACAAGAAGGACGUCUUGAAGGCCAUCGAAAAGGCAGAGAAAGCUAUCAUGGCAGACUUCAAGACGGAGCUGGAUAAGAUACCCAAACCGGUGUGGCAUGGGGCUGAAGUCGAGUCUGUCCCAAUCGCUCACAGGUGUCUCAUUCCUCUGAAAGUGAAUUUACGUGUGCGGGAUUUUGCAAGCUCGCUGAAUGCCAAUCGGGACUACUUGAACACCACAUGUGGCGCCAUCGACCUCCGAACGGGGGAGCUCGUUGCUCACCAUCCAAGCAAUAUGCUCUUAAAAGAGAUUGGCACCCUUUAUGAGGGUGCCAGUUACCCAUCGCCGCUCAUUGAUCAAUUCAUGGCUGAGGUGCUGUCCGAGGACAUAGUUCCCGUUAUGCAAAUGACGCUCGGGUAUGGCAUCACUGGGCACAGCAAGGAAAAGCAAUUCAUCGUCAUGCAUGGCCCUACGAACAGCGCAAAGACAAAACUCGUCACCAUGGUCCGAGAGUGUACCGGACCUUAUUGCGUUUCUAUGGCCCGAGAUUGCGUCAUAGGCGCAGGUCAGCACUCAGAAGGGGCUGCCACGCCGCAUCUUCUUAUGCUCGAUGGAGCGCAUAUUGCUGUCCUCGAAGAGACUGAGGACUCGGAUAUAUACAAUGGAGCAUCGGUUAAGGCAAUCGCGUCCGGCGAUGGAAGCAUGACGCAUGAAGUGGUACGAGCCCCGGGCACUCUACCGACGGUCGAAGAGUUGCCUCCGGCCAUGGGCAAGGCACUCGAGAGCUAUUCGAAUGACAACGACCACUUUGGGAACUUCAUCAUGGACGGAUGCAUCAUACAGCCGAGCCAGAGGUGCCAUGUGAGGCCUCUGAAGGAGGCGUACGAGAUAUACAUGGGCAGACUCCAACGUCCGAUGGUCGAGAACGACUUCAAGACUCUGAUGAGGCAACUCAUCCCAAAUGGGGUCGUGUACUCGCUCGGCGUGAAAAUCGAGCGAAUCAAUACCACCGGCUACAGAGGCAUAGGGCUGCUCGACCCGAACGAAGAAGCAUGGGACUUGGAGGGGGAACAACAGGCGGCAGACGAGCAAGUCGCGAGAGGUAGGUGA